AUGAUUUUGAAAUUAUUUGUACUUUUUGUGCAAAAGGAUAUGAAUUAGUAAAUAAAAUCUGUAUGUAUCAAAGCUUAUCCUGAUUCAUGUUUAGAAUUCGAAUAUUUAAAUGGUGGUUAUUAAUAUAUAAGAUGUUAUUUCCAAUAUUAAGGAAGAAGACAAAGUUUAUCAGAAAAUUAUUGUAUUGAAUUUUAAUAAAAUUUUGCAUUAAAUAGAAUUAUGUCGUAAGAAGAAAUUUAAUUAAUUAAUCCUUUUUUUAAGGAUGAUGAAUAAAAAGUAGCUUCAUACCAAUGUUUAAAAGGUUUUGAUAGGAAGCUUCAUUAAUUGCAUUAAUCUUAAUAAUUGUGA